AACCGGAGCAGGAGGCUGCUACUGCGGCGCUGGAUGCGGCUCGACCGGAACACGGAAAACGGAGCGGAUUUACGGGAAAAACGGACGGAAAUUCUACCGAAACAACCAUGGACGAAGGCACCGAGCUGUGUGUGACCAUCGGACAGAUAGUCCAGCGGCUGAAGGGGACGCAUUUACACUCCCAGAUAGAGAGACAAGCUAAGGAGUGUCUCCAUCAGCCGGACAUCCGUCUGGAGUCUCUGAAGGAGGACGUGCGCUCCUUCCUCAGGACCUCAGGUUGGGAAAGGCGACUCCAGAAUGCAGUUUACAGAGAACUCCACGUCCAGCUGCCCCCCAGCCACCCGGCGGCUCCUCCAGAACAUCUCAAAGAACCGCUGGCCUACAUGCGAAAGGCUCAGGCCAGCUGGGAGAAGCGUGUCCUCAAAAGCCUCAACAGCAUGAGCUCGGAGCUGGGAGUUCCUCUGGCUCGACGGAGGCCGACGCUGGAGCAGAAGGAACUGACCAACAAAUGGAACGAGAUGGGAACAGACGAACCAGAUUUGAGUCGAUUCAGACCCGUUUAUGCCCCCAAAGACUUCCUGGAGGUUCUGAUCAGUUUACGGAACCCGAACCACGACAGCAGUGAGGAGGUCAGCGUCCGGAGCCACUGGGGGCUGAUCCAGAUCCCCCUCAACGUCAGGGACGUCCCCCAGCUGAGGCGGGCGUACUCAGAGCUGAACAUGGCGACAGGGCAGCUGGGAAUUGAUGACCACGCCCAUGUCCAUCCAGAUUUGUUCGAGAGCGAGUACAUUCAGGUUGGAAAAAAAGUGGUGUCGGAGCAGGACAGUGCAGCGGCGCAGCAGUACAGCAGGCAGGGCUGCCCCACCGAGCUGCGGGCCGACCUGUGGGCCCUGAUCCUCAACUCCACCAACCAGCCACAGGAUGUGAUGCACUAUGAGCAGCUAAAGGCCGGAGUCAUCCAACACGACCUGCUGGUGGACAACCUCAUCUACAAGGACGUGAAGCUCACGGCCAGUAACGACGACUACUACUUUGUGUUUGAGGACUUCCUGUAUCAGGUUCUGCUGUGCUUCUCCCGUGACACCGCCGUCUUGGAUCACUUCAAGUACAACAGCGCCACUCCUCCAAAGUCCUACAUGGAAGGGAAGGAAUCAGGCGACGACUGUGCUGUCGUUUAUCCUCCCAACGGUGUAAUCCCUUUCCAUGGGUUCUCCAUGUACGUGGCUCCGCUGUGUUUCUUGUACAACGAACCGUCCAAACUCUACAGUGUCUUCAGGGAAAUGUACAUCCGAUACUUCUUCAGACUCCACUCCAUCUCUUCCUCUCAGUCGGGCAUCGUGUCGUUGUGUCUCCAGUUCGAGCGCCUCCUGCAGACACACCUCCCUCAGCUCUUCUAUCACCUCCGUCAGAUCGGAGCUCAGCCGUUGCGUAUUGCCUUUAAGUGGAUGGUCCGGGCCUUCUCUGGUUACCUGUCCACUGACCAGCUGCUCCUCCUCUGGGACCGAAUCCUGGGCUACGAUUCACUGGAGAUCGUAGCAGUCCUUGCCGCUGCCGUCUUUGCCUUCCGGUCUGAGAACCUGAUGGAAGUGACGUCGUUGGCCUCGGCCGAGGCUGUCCUCGCCGAUCUGUCAACGCUGAAGGUCAUGCCGCUGAUCCAGAUCUUUCUAUUCGCCACCGCCAUCUGAGGAGAAUGGGGGGGGGUAAGAAGAAGAAGACGCCGCUGCGGACACGCCGCUUUGCCAGCAACACGACCAUGUAACGCCUCAGGUCGUCCAUCAACACGUGUCAAGGAAUCGCCAAGUUUCAACACAAGCAGAAAAACCAAUGAACACUGACCCUGGAUCAGGUCUUAUAUGUGAUACAGAACAUCAGUACAGACCUGGUAAAGGGGGGGGUUAGGGUCCACAUUCAGACCAAUUUGAUCUAAAGUGGAUCAGAACCAGUCAAAUAAGAACAGAAU